CAGCUCACUCCGACUAGCGCCAGUGCACAAAACCGUGUCCAACCAAGCGUAUACCUUAUUUGCGAGCGUAAAUUACUGUAAGAAUUUCAAUUGUCAACAAAAUGGCGGCGAACAAUGUCCCCGAGUGGAUCAAUGCGGAACUAUUUGAAGAUGUUCUCAAGUCAACAGUGCCUGGCUACACCAAAGUGAAGACCUUUAAGGCUGACGCCGGCUCUGCAGCGGGAGAAAACUAUGCAACGAUUAUGCUGCGUGUCAACAUCGAAGUGGAGUUGGAAGAGGGAAAGUCAAAGGAUGUUUCCUACAUGGUCAAGCUGCCCCAUCAGCUGGAGCUUUACAAGGAAAUGAUGAAGCAGAAUAACAUCUUCGACGUUGAACGCUUGAUGUACUGCGAAGUUGUGCCCGAGAUGGAGGCUCUGUACAAGGAUGUGGGCGUGGAUGGCGCUUAUCCGGAGUUACUUAACCUUGGUGUCUUCAAGGAGGAGGGCAGGGCCAUGGUAACCGAAAUGCUUAACGGCAUGAUGUCGAGAUUCCUCAAAGUCUGCGUCACCUUCGACGGUCACGAGGAGUACAUAGAAGAGAUUAAAAAAAUCAUUCCUGUGGCCGUAGAUGAGAUGUUCAAAAUGGCCAAGAUCAAUACGCAGGAGUUUAAUGCUCUAAAUCAUGGAGACUUCUGGUCUAACAACGUAAUGUUCCAAUACGAUGCCUUCGGCAAGGUUAAGGAAGUGUAUCUUGUGGACUAUCAGCUUCCCAAGUACGGUACAGUGGCGCAGGAUCUGUUAUACUUCCUGCUUUCGUCCACCAAGCUGGAGGAUAAGAUAAGCAAAUUCGAUUACUACAUCAAGUUCUACCAUGACAAUCUGAUCGAGCAUCUGAAGGUCCUCAAGUACACAAGACCCUUGCCCACAUUGCGCAGCAUUCACUCGUCUCUGCUUAAACAUGGAAUCUUCGGUUUCUCUAUUGUCACUGGAGUUAUGAGUGCAGUUCUUUUGGAUCCUUCGGAGAAUGCCAGCUUUGAGAAUUUCGUGGGCGACAGUGAAGCUGGAGAGGCCUUCCAGAUGCAGCUCUAUACAAAUCCUCGCUACCGCAAACAUAUCCAGGUGAUCAUGCCCUGGCUCCUCAAUCGCGGGGCCCUGGAGACAACAAUUUUAUGAAAUUGUACAAUUCAUGCCUAUUUUGCGAUAGAAUUUAUCGCCAGCGCCGUGUGAUAAAGAUUUCUUUAUCUGUUUUGUUUUUGAUAAUGUGGCACAUACAAGAAUUAAUACAACAAAAAGAACUAUAAAUGUUCGCCAAACACCUAAA